AAGUACACCAAUAAUGACACGACCAAAAUGAGGCUGCCAACUAAGGCGGCCCACAUCUCCAGCUCCGCAAUCAGCAUCAGUAACGCGUUUCUUUUUGUUUUUUGAAUCUCUGUUUUUGAUUUUCUCAACAGUUUUUUUGAAUUUGUGUUUCUCUCUGUUGAGAAUCUAAACCAUCUCAGAAGAUCACAGUUAUUCCGAAAACAAUAGUUAAUAAUGGGAGCAUACAGAGCCGACGAUGACGAUUACGAUUACUUGUUUAAGGUGGUGCUGAUCGGAGACUCUGGCGUUGGCAAAUCGAAUCUUUUGUCUCGGUUUACUAGGAACGAGUUCAGCCUCGAAUCUAAGUCCACCAUUGGCGUCGAGUUUGCCACUCGCAGCAUUCACGUCGACGACAAGGUUGUUAAGGCCCAGAUUUGGGACACCGCUGGCCAAGAAAGCCGGAGAAGAAAAUCUCCCCUUUUGAUUUGCUUCACUCAUACACAGGCACUUUAUUCAGCAGGCUCUUAUCUUCUACUGUUCGUAUUGCCCUUAGAUUCUCCGCGAAGAUACCGUGCUAUUACAAGUGCAUAUUAUCGAGGAGCUGUUGGUGCUUUACUGGUCUAUGAUGUCACUCGCCAUGUCACAUUUGAAAAUGUGGAGAGAUGGCUGAAGGAGCUUCGUGACCACACUGAUUCCAACAUUGUUAUCAUGCUUAUUGGCAACAAGGCAGAUCUUCGUCACUUGCGAGCAGUUUCCACUGAAGAUGCCAAGGCUUUCUCUGAGCGAGAGAAUACCAUCUUCAUGGAAACCUCGGCUCUUGAGUCUUUGAAUGUUGAAAAUGCAUUCACGGAAGUGCUGACCCAGAUUUAUCACGUCGUGAGCAAGAAGGCACUUGAUGUUGGGGAAGACCCAGCAGCUUUGCCGAAAGGGCAGACAAUCAAUGUUGGAACCAAAGAUGAUGUAUCAGAUGUAAAAAAGGUUGGAUGCUGUUCUUCUUAAGUGUGGAGAAAAGUGUUGAAGAAUAUUGUGUUUGAGAGCCAAUGUCCUAUUCAUAUCUUUCUACUUGACCAUCUGAAAUUGUAUGUCAAACGGAAUUCUUUAACUGCUUGAGCAUGGAAAGAACAAUUUUAUCUGCUGGCUCCACCUUAAGGGUAUAAAAGAUUAUAGCAGCUAGAUUUCGUUUUCUGAUAUAAUUUGAAAUAUUUGCUCUGUUA